AAAGAGCAACUCAGUUGAGAAUUUUAACCUUACUUUUUCAACUUUUGAUGAGCUCAAUUCUCAAUUUAAUUCUUAGUUUUCAGGUCUAAAGAUUUUAUUUAAUGUUGAGGAUUUAAAUGAAACUUUCAUAAUUUAAGUAAUAAUUUACUUCAAAAAACUCUAACGUUAAAAAUACAUUUAUUUUACAAGUUAGAGAGUUAAUUAUUUAAAUUGUGCACUACGCCCAUCAGUAAAGUUGGAGUUUGGGUUAUAGGAUACAAACCUUUCUAUAAUAAGGAAAAAGUAAGAAUCAGUCAUGUCGUUCACGUCAAAACAGUUGAGAUACGCUCAUUCUGAUGGUUCAACCCACGUUUGUUAUUCUCAAGAUGGAAAAUACAUUGUUACAUGCGGUACUGAGGGAGACGUUAGAGUGUGGAAUGGUUUUGGAGACGAUGAGCCUCAGGAUAAAUGUGUUGGAGAUAGAGCAUACGCUGUUGCAGUACAUAAUGACCGCCUGUAUGUUGGGACAGGAAAUAAUUAUGUGCAAGCAUAUACAUUUCCAGAACCGGAACUUGAUGGUGUUGUCACUCGCUUCAAAGCUCCUGUCACAAGCAUAUCAGUUUCAAAAGAUGGAAAAUUGGUUGCUUGUGGAUCAGAAGACAUGGAAAUUCAUAUAAAAAAGGAUGAGAGUGUCACCGUCCUGACUAAUCACAAAGCACCUGUUCUAGAUGUUGCACUUGAUCCCAAGGGAGAGUAUUUGGCUUCAUCAAGUUGUGAUGGAACAGUACAGAUCUGUAAGUUGGCUGAUGGAAAUGAAGUUGUCCGCAAGCUGGAUUGCCUACCAAAGAGUAAUUCUGUCGAAACAUCGCCUUCCAACGGCAAAAUUGACUGGACUCCAAUUUCUGGAAAACUGCUUGCAGUUCCAUGCGAACAAGAGGUUUCAUUGUAUGAGCGUAAUACUUGGGAAAAGCAGACAUCUUUAACGAUCCCAACAUUGCAUGAGAAUGAGUACUUUUCAGUGUGCCGAUUCUCGAGUUGUGGUCAGUAUCUGGCAGUGAGUACCACAAAGAACAAGUUACUUGUUUGGAAUGUGAACGACAGUCAGCUGGUGUCGACGAUCCCAUCACCGACUGCGGUGGUGUGCGACAUCUCUUGGAAUCCAGUCACUCAGAAUGGCCACUCGUUCUGCUACACCAAUCUGGACGGCUUCCUAGGCCAAGCCCACUUGCAAAAAAGAAGCAACGACUCACCUGCCAAGUCAAAGGUUGCAGUUGAGUCUAAUGAGAACUCAAACAUCGAUGCAUUAAUUCCUGAUGAUGGAUUAUUCGAUGAAAAUUUCGGAAAUGAUGAUAAUGAAGAUGAUGACGAUGAAAACGUAGUGUCUGUCGAGAAAAUCAAAUCAGCCCUUGGUUUCAAUCCGGAUGGAUCGUUCGUCGCUGGCGGUUUAAAAGAAGAUGGAGCCAGCUCGCGGUCGGUGUCUCGAGCGUCCUCGCGAGCCUCCUCGCCCGGGCCGCCUGUUCCGCAGCUGGAGAUGCAGCCGCCGUUUCAGCCGUCCUCCACUCCACAAAGUCUGCAGUUCAGAUUUAUGGUGUGGAAUGAUGUGGGAGUCGCAGAACAGACAAAUACUGACGACGAUCAAGCCAUUUCUUUGAAGUUCCAUGAUUCUUCAUUCCACUAUCCAUUUAGAAUAGCGAAUGACUUGAAUUACUCUAUGGCAGCACUCAGUACGGAUGCAGUUGUAUUUGCAAGUGAAAAAUCCGAAGAUAGAGCAAGUCACGUGGGUUGUACGCCGUUGAAGAAAGGCCAGGAGUGGUCGAUGGAGCUGGACGCGGACGAGGAGGCGGCAGGCGUGGCAGUAGGGGUGGGGUGGUUGGCUGUGGCCACCAAUUGCCGCCUCCUGCGCCUCUUCACGGUGGGCGGCAACCAGCGAGAGGUGCUCUCCCUCCCCGGACCCCUCGUCUGCAUGGCCGGCUGGAGGAGUCUCCUUGCCGUUGUCUUUCACAGCUCACCUGGAAUCGGCGACCAGCAGUGGCUGAGUUACAUGAUCAUCAGAAUCUCACCGGAUGCACAGUGCCAUUGCGUUGAGAGUCCGCAGUCGCUGCCCAUCAGCCCAAAGUCAACACUCAAGUGGAUGGGCUUCUCUGACUAUGGAUCUCUUUGUACCACCGACUCUGCCGGCUAUGUCCGUCUACUCUCCUCUACCAAAACGUGGCAUCCGAUUGCCAACACCCGCCAAUAUGUGAAAGCCAAGUCUGAUACCUAUUUCGUCCUCGGCGUGAAUGAGUGCUUGCAAACAAUAAAAGUCAUUCUUUGCAAAGGCACUGAGUACCCUGUCCUCAUUCCUACACCGUACAUGACUGAAAUUCCAUGGAAGCUUCCACUAUGUGGCACAUCACAAGAUAAAGGACGUUUGGAAGAGCAGCUUUGGAGAACUAAACUUGCUAAUACAUGCCUCAGUCGGAAGAACCUUGAAAAUGAUUCAGUCAUUAGCAGUGCUCAAAGCAAAAAUAUGCUUGAAUUCAGCACAACCUUGAUCAAAUUAUUCUCGCUCGCUUGUUCUGAUAACCUGUCUCUGAGAGCAGUUGAGGCUUGCAAAUUAUCUGGAUCGCAGCUUGUUAUGGAAAGAGCUAUGAAAUAUGCCCACAUGCAAAACAAAGCUGUCUUGGCUGAGCAAAUAGCUGAAUUGAUAACAGAACUAUCAAAUAAUGAUGACGUCGGUUCAGAGUAUGAAGAACCCUCCCCUUAUUUGGGACAUCCAGUUAACUCUCAUUCGAACUCCACUGAAAGACGAAGCGUGCCAUUGAUGAGGAAAUUGUACAAUCGUCCUAGUCAGCGAUCGAAACAAGUAGAAAGCAACGCUAAUGAAAGCUACUCUCAAGAUAUGUUUGACGAUUGUGAUAACUCAAAUAGGAAUGAUUCCAUGAACGGCGAUAUUGGAGUUCGAUCACUGUCACCCCUACCGGAACAGGCUUCUAUGUUGAGGAAAGACGAGAGUAUUGGGCGUAGAGCUGGAUUGAAUCCUUUCAAGAAAACAGCUGGCAACUCUGCUGGUAAUAGAGGCUUAGCCAGUCUCUCCACACCCGAGCCAGUCACCAAGCCCGUCAAAAGCUUGUCUGAACGCCUCAAACCGAAGGCAAAGAGUGCAAAAGUUGAAGUGAAAAAACCUGCGGCAGUUGAUUCUCCAGCUUCUUCAUUGCCACCGUUCAAAGAAUGGUUUGAAACCGAACGGGUAGUUCUUGCAAAGGAAAAUCCAUCAAUGACCGUUGCCGAAUUAACUAGAAUUGCCCUUAAAACUUACAAAUCGAUGAAGAACGCAAGUUCUGAUUUGGAGUCAUCGUUCCAAAACUCAAUGUCUAGUCCAUCCGUCCAUCAGAUUUCAAGUGAAGACAUGGGGUCCCCAACAAGCAAUGAGAAUACUGAGGCGGAAAGCUCAACUGCCGAAACGCCUGCUGUUGCUAAGAAAAGGAAAGCAGCAGAAGAUGUGCAUGAAGCUACUCCCUAUCCCAAAAAGAUCCCUUCCAAAACUGCUAGCAAAUUGACAGGAUUUUUCUACAAGAAAAACGAAUAGAACUGCAGUAGGGUUGGCAUUAUGUUCCAACAGUGCAAGACAAUAAGAAUAUCAAGCAACUGUUCAUUGCUGUUGAGAAAUUCAUUAAAGGAAACGAUUCAUUAAUACGGGAAAUCAUUACUGAUCAUUAAAAAUGAUUAAUAUUGGUGGUUGAAUUAAACUGGUAUUCUACCAUCCCCUGCAAGGGUAUUUAUCAUCAAUAUUUUUUUAUAAUUUCGUUUUCUUCUUACUCAUCAGUUACCUUGUAUUGCCAUUGGCUCAUGUUUUUGGAUUUGGAACCCCUAGCAAUUUAACUUUUUUAACUUAUGAAUAUACCGUAUCUACUCUGAGUAUUAUUAUUCUAUCAAUAUGUGUGUUAAUUAUUAAUUUUUUCAUAUAUUGAAUCUUACUCAUAGUAAUAAUAAUGGUUAUUAUCAAACAGCACUUGAAUUAACAAUUGAAAUUUACUAGUGAUUUAUUAAGAAGGUGGUGUUCCCGAUUCGUUGAUUAUGUAAGUCAGGAGUUAGUCAUAAAGACUGAAUGUUUUUCUUAUUAAUUUAUAUUUGUUCAGUUUAUUAUCUAAUAAAAAUAAAUACAAG